CGGCGGGGACCGGGGCGCCUCUUCCCUUGGCCGUCCCGCCCCGGGGAGGGGGCAGCGGCCGCCUCCGGCCACACCUGUGGCGCAGCGGCGGCGGAGGAAGCGGCAGGCGGGCGCCCGGCGGCACCAUGACGGUGGGUGCGCGGCUGGGCGCCAAGGUGAGGGGCAGGUACUCCCGCCGCGGGCCCGGCGACGACCAGGUCUCCAUCCUGCCCGGCGAGGAGCAGCAGCAGGAGGGGGGGGAGGAGGAGGAGGAGGAGGAGGCGGCCCCGCGGCCGGCGGCGCUGGAGGAGGCAGAGGAGGAGGGAGCUGCCUCCCGGAAGGUGUGCUUCGCCCUCCUGCCCGACUCGUACGAGCCGCUGCGGCCGCCGCGGGCCGCCGGGAAGCGGCCCUACGGGAAGCGGCUGAAGAAGUACGGCAAGAAUGUCAGCAAAGCUUUGCAGAAGGGAUGCCGCUACUUGGUGGUUGGCCUGCAAGGAUUAGCAAUGGCCUAUUCCGCUCCCUUUGGGGUGGCAGCUCAGGUGGCGUCCUUUGUCCGCUAGCACAGCUCCACGCACGCCACCGGGGAGGAUGCAAGACCAUUGCUGCUUUCUUAGGAUUAAAUGAGACCCACAUCUGAGAAACUUCCUGGACAGACGGUCCCAGCCCUUUCCCCUGGACUGAGUGCUCUUCUCUGCAAAAACUUCCAGCGCUUUAUCAAAUGAGAUCUGGUUGAAGAAAUGCAAGGAUGAAGAAAUAAUCUUCGAGUAAUUGAGCUGAGGUUUGUUCUCAGACAUGGGUUGGUUUUCUGAAGCUUUGGGCUAUGUGUGGAAGGGAGCCAAGGAUGAAUGGAAAAGCAAGUAGAUGAGGGAGAGAGGAAUGAAGGGAAGUAGAGGAUGGGGGAGCAGCUAGGGAGGUGGAGAUCUGAGUCAGGCUACUGAGAGGAAUUGUCAAAGCAUUGGAGGAAACAGAUAACAAGGGAUCAGGAAAAGGUAGGCUUUGGUUUUCUGAUUGCCUCCCUUCCACCCUGAGAAGGUUAAGAUUAUGAGUAUACAUAAAAAUAUACUCAGGUAUAAAUGGACUGUGGUCUGAGACAUGGUGAGAUUUGCUGCAUCCCUGUUGUUCAUCUCAAACACUGGAAAUCAUGGGCCUUUAAAUCUUAAGACUGAUGUAAAAAAGCAGAAGGAAAAUGAGGUGUGUUUGUCUUCUGAUUUGGGGGCAUUAAAGGUUCACUGUGAUUAAUAUUUGAAACUUUGCCUCUGCUGCUGUGAAACCUGCAUACACUUCUCUUAUUGAGAACAGUGUUCAUAUCUGAUAUACCUGAUUCUGGAAGCUGGAGCUAUAAGAACACCCAGUUCUGUGGUGUUUGCCGGAGAAGACGACGGAUUACCAGUUGCAUCUGAAAAAACUGCAUACAGCAUUCAGUGUAAGAAUGUACAACCAUUUGUACAGGAAUGCAGCCAAAUAACCUGCCAGCUCCAUCUUCAUUUCCGUAUGUGGAAGCUGCAGCUAGAGAACGUCAACAUCAGAUGGCUCAGCUCAAGUCAUGUGGAUGGAGCAGCUUCUGUGUCGCACUUCUAGGGAUAUAAAUCUUGUAUUGAUGGCUCAGGAAUAAGGGGGUUUAUGAACCUUCAAAAUUCUGUGCAUUUUGGUUUUGUUUGGGUUUUAUCUAUCAGUCUUUUGUGGCAGCAGUAAAGGAUUUCCCCUCCUCGCACUUUCUCUGUAUUAUAGAUCUUUUCUAGUGUUGAUAGUGGUUAUGGAAUCAAGGAGUUGAUACGUUCUGGAAAAAAAUGCUGUUGAUUUGCUUUCUUUGCCUUCUUUUGUUGAAGGGGUUUGCUCAUCUUAGCAAACCACACUAUUUCUCUUAAAUGUAGCAGAUGAAACAAAGAUGGAUUUUUUUUAAUGCUCUUUUCUAACUGGACUGUAAAUAAAAGUAAUGCGAUCUCUGUAA